AGGCGCCCCGCCCGCAGCAGAUCUGGGCUCCGUCGUCCCGACUGUGCGCGGCGGCCGACCCGGCUGGGGGAGUCGGUUAGUGGGGCUGCUGCGGGCGGAUCGCGCCGGGUCGCGGGCCGCGGCAUGGCUUCCUCAAUUACCAGGGUCUUCACAGGCCAGCUGUGGCUCCAUGGGGCAAAAGCUGUUGGUUGUUGUGCCCUUUACCUGGAUCCCACAAGGAGUUGGUAGGACUGUCCUGUGCAACCCAAGUUCCAGCCUCACUGAGCCAGCCACACCAAGAGCUUCCCCGCAAGAAAGCCCCUCCAAGCACUGACCAUGUCUAUUAUGGACCACAGCCCCACCACAGGGGUGGUCACAGUCAUCGUCAUCCUCAUUGCCAUCGCUGCCCUGGGGGCCUUGAUCCUCGGCUGUUGGUGCUACCUGCGGCUGCAGCGCAUCAGCCAGUCAGAAGAUGAGGAGAGCAUCGUGGGUGAUGGCGAGACGAAGGAGCCCUUCCUACUGGUGCAGUACUCAGCCAAGGGACCAUGCGUGGAGAGAAAGGCCAAGCUGAUGACUGCCAAUAGCCCGGAAGUGCAUGGCUGAGUUGGGCUGCAAAGCCCCUGGUCCCAUUUGUAGCCAGCUCAGAGGCUCUGGGAGGGCAGAAACAGACAUGUUGCUGUGAGAGGGGAGUGGUUGACACUUUGCAGGCACGGCCUCUGCAGGCUUCGUCAUCGCAUGCACUGACUCUGGGUCCUGGCUGUCCUGGCCUUCCCCCUUGGCCUCCUGGUGGGGCUGCCCAUUGCAGGCAGUGGGCAGGCCUGACCCUGCAGGGGCUUGUGGCCCCCCUAGUGCUUUUGUUACUUGAAUGUUUUAGCUGAGCCUGUUUUUGAUGGAGCUACUACUGUAAUGCGUGAACUCACCAACCUGUGAACUGUAAAUAGGCCCCAGAAGCACGUGCUUAAGCCUUUUUUGCUGAUUUUUAAAAAUACCACAUAGUGGGACUGGUUUGAUGACCAUACUCAUGAUGAGCCAAGGCGAGACCAUGAAGGGUCUUCCACUGGUUAGGCCGCAGUUGCCCUUAGCAGGAGUCACUGAGGUUUAUCUAUGCAUAUGGAAAGGAAGUGAGAGAUGGAUUUCAGGACUGGUGGUUGAGCAGUUGGGGUACCUUGGUGAUUUCUGCUUGGUUAGUAAUGGGUGGAAGAACCACACCCCCCUUCUCUAGUUUCAGCUUUGUGAAAUAGUGGUGCAUGUAGAUAUUGGAGUUAUUGCAAGGAAGCUACUGUACUUGCUUGGGAGCCGGUGAAGGACAAGUCCACACAAGUCCUGAGGGCUGCCAGGCGGCUGAGUAGCAGAGCAUUUUCUUGUCCUUUGGUCUUAAGCACACCCAGUGUGCCGCCUUAACGCAGGCUUCAAUGAAACACCAGAGCCCAUGGUGGCUACUUUUAGUCUGAAACCCAGUUGGCCCAGGAGAGCAAGAUUUUGUUUUUUGUAUUUAAUAUUUUCUGCACUGCAGGUGGGGAGGAAGAGACUCUGUCCUGUGUUUUUUCUUUCCUCUCCUCUUCACAUGUGAGCUUCCUUUCCCCUCUCAUGACCACCCGCCUGCUGGGUAUUGGCUUUCACUUCUCUCCUUGGGGUUCUGUGUAGACUGACUCCCCUGACCCAGUACUAAAUGUACCAUGAAAGGUCAUUUCUAGUGAGCAUGUAUUUACAAAGGAGCUAUCUAGGGCAACGGGUUGGGGAGUUCAAGUUCAGGACCUGGUUCUUAAAGGUAAGGGAGCCAGCACCCCAGCAGCUUGCAUCUGUGAGAAAUCCCUUGUGCCCAAGUCCGUGAGCUUGCUCAGAUGUUUAAUCCCACCACUGUAAGUGCACUCUAAACCAUCACGAUUAAAACGUGACUGUUGGCAUCCUGGGUUAUCAGCCCUAGCUUCACCUUUACACCUGAGACCUCAUGAGCAGCACUGGGCAGGGAACACAGCUCCAGCCUCCAGGCCAGGCUGGAAAGAUCUCCUUUAAAAAGCAUGUGGAACUAAUUCAUUUUCUGGAACCCCAAAGGGGAAGCUGUAGGGAACAUUUCUUUUUAGCAGCAUAUGCCUACAGGGCAGGAACAGCUUGGGAUAAAGAGGGGAAGCUAAUGAGGCCAUUUGCACUGAAGGUAGGAAUAAGAUGCCACAGGUGGAUUGCUGGGGGAAAAACCGACUAGGAAACUCCCUUGGCCCCCAAUGAGAUGGUCAGACCAGGGAACAGAUAGUGAGGGAUAGAUAGGCUGGCCAUUGGCUGAGGCUACUCAGGCUGGGGUGGGCAGGAUGCAUGUUAGAGCUGGGAGCAAUGAUCCAUAGGCCUAGAAGGGGAACAGAAAGUUUGAUGGGAAGGUUUGCCCUGUAGCUGAGGGGUUUGAUCCAUCCCUAUCCCAUUUCCAGCUCUCUACCUCUAAUUCUUCCCCAGCCAGUAGCAUAUAAAUACUGCUGGUGCUUUAGCUCUACUGCCCACUGAUCCAAGAGUAGCUUGGAUCUAGUUUCAAUGUGAGCCUGGAUCCUGAAACUGACCAUCACUCUCCUUCAGAUGCAGACUACAGCUUUUACUAUGCCAGUGAACUUUCAGCUUUGAAAUGAUUAAACAUUGCUUUCUCAUCAGUUUUACUUUUGGAGUUUUCUCAUCUGCUUCCAAGUUGCCAGAGAUGUCUUUAUUGCUUGAGUCGGCCCAUCAGAGUAGGAUGAAUUGUUUGUUGGGUGAGGUUCGCGUUGGGUGAGGUACUGUGGUGCACUGGUGGAGGUCUUUGGGAGGAAAAUGAAAACACCUAUAGAACUAGUGAAUGGUCACACAAUAGCUUUCCCUGUUCUUAUCAGUGGCUACUUUUUUAAAGCAGACACCAGAGCCAUGGUUUAGUAAGUUACGACAGAGGAGAGGGAUUUAGAUUCUUUUCAAUAGUGCAACUAUUGUGGUCAGGCCUUGUAAUGAGUAAGCAGCUAGCCUUUCAUCCUGCAUACACAGAAGCAGCAGGAGGAAAGCAAGAAGGGACUCUGAGGCUGGGCCACUGAAAGGUGGACUUCCAGACACAUCCUCAAAUGAACUAUGCUACUGUUUUUGUCUCAAAGCUACCAAGUUUGUGCAAUAAGUGGAAGGAAUGCCACUUCUGUUCAAUAAAAGCUGAAUGACAUUCAA